ACUAGAACUAGAAGGUUCUCAAGACAGGACCAUUUCCAUUUGCACUCAUUUUCUAUUCCCAUUAGUAAUUUCUUCAAUCACCCAAAUAUCUCAAACUCUCUCUCUCUCUCUCUCUCUCUGUUUCUUCUCGGUGGAAAUAGAGGACAAAACCGCGUGGUCUUCCGUUUGUUUUUCUCCAAUUCUCUCUCUCUCUCUCUCUCCUCUCUCUCUCUCUCUCUCUCUCAUCUACAUGUUUUGAAAGACGACCAAAGUGUUCUCUUCUUCCUUCCCACAUUUUUAUUAUGAUACAAAUAAACUGUGACUUUCUCUAAUUCUUCUCUAGAACCUGUCUCACCGCGUCUCAUACAAACUCUCUCCAGAAAGCGAGUAAUGGUCCAAUCUCGAUUGUUUCUCUCGGGAUUCUAUUGCUGGGGCUGGGAAUUCUUAACCGCUCUUAUGCUUUUUAGUUGUUAAUUAAUGAGUUUUUCCUUCUGAAAAUUUCUAAUUCCAAUCUCAGUUGUUGUUUUUCUAAUUAAAUUGAGUAGUUGUUUUUUUUUCCCUAGCUAUAUAUAUAGACUAUAUAUAUAUAUAUAUACUUUUUUGUGGGUUUGUGGGAGAUUAAUUGUUGAUAGGAAAUGGGGCAUAGGACGGUUCCGGCGCCGUUUCUGUCGAAAACGUACCAUCUGGUGGAUGAUCCGAGCACCGACGACGUGAUUUCCUGGAACGAAGACGGCACGACCUUUGUGGUGUGGAAGACGGCUGAAUUCGCCAAGGAUUUGCUGCCUUCCAGCUUCAAGCACAACAACUUCUCUAGCUUCGUUCGCCAACUCAACACUUAUGGAUUCCGAAAAACUGUGCCCGACAAAUGGGAAUUCGCCAAUGAGAAUUUCAAGCGAGGACAACGAGAGCUCCUCACGCGAAUCCGUCGCCGGAAGGCUGUGACGUCAUCUCCCACCCGAACCUCGGGGAUUGCAAAAUCUACGGCUGCUGAGGGUUCUUCUGCGCCAUCAAACUCCGGCGAUGACUUGGGAUCCACUUCCACAUCAUCUCUACCAUCCAAGAACGCCGAGGCGGCAAUGCCGACGCAGUAUGCUGGAUUGUCGGGCGAGAACGAGAAGCUCAAGAGAGAGAACGAGUCGCUGAGUUCGGAGCUCGAUCAGGUAAAGAAACAGUGCGAGGAACUCACUAAUUUUUUGACAGAUUAUCUCAAGGUAGUGCCCAAUAAAGUCAAUCACAUCAUGUGGCAAGGAAGCUGUGGAUCCACCCGUGAUGGAUUGGACGGUGUUAUUCGGACUAUGAUGAAUGAGGAGGGUGGCGAUAAUGAUGAAAAUAAGGAUGUGGGAGAGGAAAACGAUGAGGGUUUGAAGUUGUUUGGGGUGUGGGUGAAAGGGAAUAAGAAAAAGAGGGGUCGGGAUGAUAAUUUUGGCUUUGAAGGGGCCCGUGGCAAAGAAAUUAAGACGGUUGACCUUGGUGUUCUGGGAUGACCGGCAAGGCUUGUGAUUAACGGAUCGGAUUGUGGCACGAAAGCGAAACCAAGUGUGGUGCAUGGUAAGAAACAGUGCACCUCGUUCUAUUUUCUUUGAUGUUUUGGUGUAGUAAAAUGUAGAGAACAAUUUUCAAUCGUAAGGUUGAGCCUGUGUAGCUGGACAAAAAUAACGACUUUAAAUGCAAAGUUGAUUUAUAAUUUGUAGUAA